CUGUGCUUUUCUAUAUAAAUACAUAUUUCAGUUUCCAAACUGUGAAGUGAAGUAUAUCUGUCAAACACGAGUUAUACUGAAAGGAUUGAGCAUAAUAGAAUACUUCAUAGAAUACGUUAUGAACGAGGUGUCAUUUUAAAAAAAAUGUAGUAGGUGGAAUUAUGUAAUGAAUAUUUUACCAGAUGUGAAAAUAUAAGAAACUGUACAAGUUGGAAAUAUGGAGAAGAGAGGUAGCGCUGAACUUUUGAAUAUCGAGCAAAACAAUUCUAAAAAUGCCAGCUCCGAUUCCCUCAAUUCAGAUAGCAAGAGUAGCUCCCUUAAUUCUAAGAUGGGUCAAGAAUCGGAAAGCUGGGAUAAAGCAUCACAUUCCAAAAGUUUUUCCUCAAGCUCUACUUCGACAGAUAAUAAUAUCGUCUCUGCUUUAGAAGCUAGAAAAGACAAUCAAGUAAAAAAUUUAUCUGGUGGGGAAACAGGUCCACCUCUUUUAAACGGAGAGCGUGUACAAGGCAUUGCUCACGAAGUAACUUACGUAUGUCCUUACUCAGGGCCAGUCAGAGGAAUUCUUAGCAUUACGAAUUACAAGCUUCAUUUUCGGAGUGUAGACCGCGAAACACCUUACGUAGUCGAGGUACCACUAGGGGUUGUUAGUAGAAUAGAGAAAGUCGGUGGCGCUUCUAGCAAAGGCGAAAACUCUUAUGGCAUCGAAGUGUUCUGUAAAGAUAUGCGAAAUCUUAGAUUCGCUCACAAGCAAGAGAAUCAUUCCAGGAGAGAUGUUUUUGAGAAACUUCAACAGUAUUCAUUUCCUCUAUCUCAUAAAUUACCUCUGUUCGCGUUCGAAUAUUCCGAGACGUUUGCUGAAAAUGGAUGGAACGUUUACGAGCCUAUAGCCGAAUUAAAACGAAUGGGUGUAAACAACGAUAUGUGGAAGAUAUCGAAAAUCAACGAUACGUAUUCAAUAUGCGAUAGUUAUCCAGUCGUAUGGGCAGUACCUGCGGCAGCAACCGACGAAGAUUUGCAAGCAUCGGCAGCCUUUCGAAGUAGAGGAAGGCUGCCGGUAUUAUCGUGGAUCCACCCAGAGAGUCAGGCAACGAUAACACGUUGCGCUCAACCGUUGGUAGGCGUUGGUGGCAAGCGUAGUCGCGAGGACGAACGAUACGUUCAGCUAAUAAUGGAUGCCAAUGCGCAAAGUCACAAACUUUUUAUUAUGGACGCUAGACCAAUGCCUAACGCGGUUGCGAACAAAGCUAAAGGUGGUGGUUACGAGAGCGAGGACGCUUAUCAAAAUGCAGAGCUCGUAUUUCUCGAUAUUCAUAAUAUACAUGUAAUGAGAGAGAGCCUGAGAAAACUGAAAGAAUUAUGCUUUCCAACGAUCGAUGAGACCAGAUGGCUAUCGGGAAUAGAAUCUACCGUUUGGUUGAAGCAUAUAAAAUAUGUACUUGCGGGAGCGUUACGAAUUGUGGAUAAAGUCGAAAAUCAUAAAACUUCGGUACUGGUGCACUGUUCGGACGGUUGGGAUAGAACAGCACAGCUCACAGCUCUCGCCAUGUUAAUGUUAGAUCCGUAUUACAGAACCAUCAAAGGUUUUGAAGUGCUUAUAGAAAAGGAAUGGCUAAGUUUUGGUCAUAAAUUUCAGCAGGUAUGCGAUGAUGCAUACGUAGUUGAAUUAGGUAUUACGCACGUCGAAGUGAAAAUGAUAUACGAUUCUAAUAAUGUAUUUCAGAGGAUCGGUCAUGGCGUCGAACAUCAUAGCGACGCGGAUAGAUCACCGGUAUUUUUACAGUUUAUGGACUGUGUGUGGCAAAUAAGUCGACAGUUUCCCAACGCAUUCGAGUUUAACGAACACUUCCUAAUCACUAUUCUCGAUCAUUUAUACUCUUGUAGAUUUGGCACAUUUUUAUUUAGCAGCGAACGCGAACGAGUUCACGAACAAGUGAAACAAAAAACUGUCUCGUUAUGGUCGUAUACGAAUAGUCAGUUAUCCUUGUAUCAAAAUCCUUUGUACUGGGCUGCUCCUAAUUACCAGCUCGUUCUAAUGCCAAUCGCUAGUAUGAGGUAUAUCAAGCCGUGGAAAAGUCUGUACUGUAGAUGGAAUCCGAGUAUGCGACAGCAGGAUCCUGUUUAUCAACGAACAAGAGAACUACUAGUCUUAAAGGAACAACUGGAAAAGCAACUCGAGGAAGGUCGUCGCGAACAGGCUAGUCGAGCAAAUCGUUCAAUGACGUCACCGGCACCACCUAGGAUACAUUCCCCGGUUCACUCAUAGCACGGCAAAGAUUCUUUCUCAUUUUUCAGCGAUCCGUAGUUAUUUGUAUAUGAGCUUCCCCCUUUCGCUCGAAUCAUAUCGCUAUGUACAAAAUGCUCGUUGAUAAAGAAGAACGUUUACAACUUUUGCGCAAA